CAAAAAAUCACUCGUAGCCUCGAGCCUCGUCUCUCGCGUCACAGUUAUUAACUUUACCUGAUCAAAGCACGCUAAAGAUCGCGUCAAGUGUAAAGGAAAUUUACUGUUAGAGUUGUUUUUUUUUAUAGUCAAUGAACGUGUCUCAAUUAAACGAGUGAUUUUUCCGCGUCCAGAUGUUUCAAGUACGGUACACUCGCAAUUUAUUCCUGCGGGGGUUAUGCAUUAUUUAUCUCUUCGCCUUCCUGAGCUUUUACAUCCAGAUUCCGGGUCUCUACGGUGACAAUGGAAUUCUCCCAGCGAAGACGCAAGUGGAUCUUAAACUUAAGGUUCCACUUUCUCAAAAGUUGAUGCAAAAACCAACAUUGGUCUGGUUUGCUCCCUAUCUAGGACUGAAUGUCGAGUACAUGCUCGAUGUUCUCGCUCUAUCUGGAAUCAUUUUGUCCUUUUUGGGAUUCGUAUCUCAAAAAUUCUGCAUCGCUCCUGUCUUCGCUGGAUUGUGGGCCACCUAUUACUCCUUGUAUCAAGUGGGACAAAUUUUUAUGUGGUUUCAGUGGGACUCGCUUUUAUUGGAAACUGGAUUUUUGUGUAUAAUCAUAGCCCCUCUUUGGAAUACUCAGCAUUCAAAAGCAGGAACACCCAGCGAUUCAGUAACAUUUUGGACAAUUCGUUGGCUCUAUUUCCGAUUAAUGUUUUCCAGCGGAGUUCUCAAGCUCAGUUCCGGUUGUCCAACUUGGUGGAACUUAGAAGCUCUAAAUGUACACUUUGAGUCUCAGUGUAUUCCAACACCAUUGGCUUGGUAUGCUCACAAUUUGCCAGUUUGGUUUCUGAGACUAAGUACGGUUCACGCAAUUGUUUCCGAGCUCGUGAUUCCAUUCCUCUUUUUCUUCCCCAAUAGAAAAGUCAGAAUAACUGCUUUUUACAUCCAGCUCUUCCUAAUGAUUAACAUAAUCGCAACCGGAAAUUACAACUUCUUCAAUCUGCUCACAAUUUGCCUGAGUCUCUCCCUUUUGGAUGAUCAAUUCUUUUACAAGAAAAAGUCGAAGACUGGUAACUCGGGGAUUUUGAAUUAUCUCACGACUAUUGUUUGUAUCGCUGUUUAUGCCGCAGUUCUGUAUGGAACCUAUGUCUACUACAAUCUGAAACUCGACUUGGACAAUUGGACGAUCCAUUCUGCAAUUGCAUUUACCCAGAAGCAGUUCGACGAAGUUCUCGCAAAAGCGGUUCCAAUUUCUGUUUAUAUCGGAAUGAUUUCUCUCGGAUUCACGGUCGCUGAUGCAGUCACUAAUUCAAUCUUGAAUGUCAAAGGACUCAAGAAGAAAGUGACUACGACGCUCGUCACUGUAUUUUAUACUUUGAUCGUGGGUUCGAUUUUCGCCCUCAGCGUUGUUCCUUAUUCAUCGCUGCAUUCGUCUCAUAAUCAGACUGUGCCUAUCCAACUUAAGAAACUUCAUGCUAAAGUGGAUCCAUUCCAGAUUGUGAAUACUUAUGGUCUUUUCCGUAGAAUGACGGGUGUUGGAGGAAGACCGGAAAUAACAAUCGAAGGAAGCAAUAGUGUUGAUGGGCCUUGGAAGGAAUAUGGAUUCCUUUACAAGCCAGGAAACGUCAAUAAUUCGAUGCCAUUUGUUGCGCCACAUCAACCUCGUUUGGAUUGGCAAAUGUGGUUCGCUGCUUUGGGAACUUAUCACCAGAAUCCGUGGCUAAUGUCGUUUGCCUAUCGCCUCCUGAAUGGACAAAAGGAAGUGCUGGCUUUGAUUAAUAUUGUGGAAAAUCCGUUCCGCGAUAACCCGCCUAAAUAUGUGAAAGCCAGUCUUUACCACUACCAUUAUACGCAGUGGAGUCAAAAAAACAGCCAAGCCUGGUGGACAAGAGAAAAGGUGGGCGAGUACUUUCCAGUUUUCAGUCGCGAUCAUCCACCACUUCUCGAGUAUUUGGCAAAAAUGAAGAUCGUGCAGGACAAGCCAGCACCGAAAGUCUCGAACGAACCAGUGAAAUUCGUCCUGGAUCAUCUCAGAGCGAUGGUAUCGAAAAUUGAAGCCAGCAUUCUUCUCUGGGGUGUCUUCACUGCCGGAUGUGCAAUAAUUUUGACUGCCUCAACUCCGGCCCCCAAGAAGAAGUAAUUCGCCACAUCUGAUGAAUGGCGUGUAAGAAAAUGUAUGAUAUUUGACAGUUCAGUUAAACAUGAAUAUCGCCUUUAUUUUUUUUUUUUUGUUUUUUUUUUAUUUUUUAAUUCGGCAGUUUAUCUCCAAUUUCCUUGAGUCUCAAGACACCUAAGAAUUUUGUGAAUUCGUGCGCACCAGAGUGUGAAUAUUCGCUUUGUGUAUGUAUGUAUAUAAUGUUUUGUUUCUCCUCCAUCUCGGAGAAAUUGAUGAUCGAAAGGAUGGAGUUUAAAGGAACCGACGGCCUUUUUUGGUAUGCGAAACUUUUUCGUAAUCAAGUUUUCUCGCUAGAUUUCAUUUCUAAUUUGUAACUUUUAUCUUUAAAAGAAACCCCAUGCAUUUAUCGCUCUAUCGAGAGAGAGAAAACAAGCACGUUCUGUGGUGAUAAUCUCUUUAUUAUUAAUUAAUAAUACUCUAUAAAUCGUAUCUGAAGAUUAGAGGUCUCUGAAUUAAAUUAUAUUUUUAUAAUCCUUUCAUAUAUAUCUUGUUUUUAAAAGCUUAUCGUUUACACUGUAGAUGGAAAUUAGCUGACUGUUGUAAUAUUAACAUCGUUAGGACAUUUUAAAAAUUGUCUUACGAUUUACGAGACUGUCAAGAAAGAAGACUGUAGUCGGAGGCAAGAAUCUUGAAUGUGCGGAAUUUAAAUUUGUCAAUUGUGGGGAUAAAUAAUUAAAUAAUGUUGCAUUUAAAUCCAAGUGUUUUUUUUUUCUAUUCCGUACAAUCAAGAGUUUACUGCAUUGUGCUCUCUUUCCAUUUCACAGUAAAAAAAAAAAGAGUACUUAAAAAUGUUUCAUAUUUUUUCUUAAAAUUCAGAUGGAACUUUACUUGAUUCCAGAUACAUUUUUUUGCAGCAUUUUUAGAAGUUUUUUUUUUACUGUGUUGUCUCGAAAAUUUCUUGAUAUUAAAUUGAGUAAUGUGACUAGAGUGUGUACUUAUGCAAUUGUAUUUUACGAAGGAUUUAAUAUCUCUUUAAGAAUCGAGCCACUUGUAUAUUUCUUUAAUAUGUGUAUGUUAAACCCUAGAACUGAAUCGCCAAUGCUCCCAAAGUAUCAUUUUCCCGUAGGAAGUAAAAUACAUCAAAUGGUUAUAGAGUACAAA